GCCUUGUGCUCUAUCAGAGUAUUGGAUAGAUAGCGAGGGACCAGCCAGAAGCUUUUCAGACGUCAGCUCUCACGUACUACUCCAAGCCAACAACGUUGAUCAGGCAGUAAUUGCCCAUCCGUUGUGAUUGGGGGGCUAACGUGAUUAGGUUUAACGAUACAGUUGUAGCUAACGUUUCAGUUAGGUUAACGUUUCAGUGACCGACAUGGAUUUGUCAGACCCGUCUCCCAUGGUCAACGGAGAGCAGAUGCGUCGAUUCGUAGGUCGUAAAAUCCGGACGGUCUUGAGAGUGGUUCGAGUGGACCCCGGUGUAAUCACCGCUCAGACGUGCGACAACGCUACAGUCACAGUCCGCGCGGUGGCUCGGUCGCCGUGGGAUGACUCGCAAUUCGUCGAGGUGAUUGGUGUUCCCGAAAACGACACUACGAUUCGCGAAGAGUCUUCGACAGCUUUCGGGAACAACUUCGACCAAGGAAACUACAACCAGCUCUGCACCUUGGUCCAUGGCGAAUUUCACAGCCUUUUUCUGCCAUCAUGACUGAAGUGUUGCCCAACUUACACUCACCCUUUGUCUAACUUUAGAGCCUGCCCUAUCCUCCUAUGUGUGUACAUGUGUUGUCCAACUUCACCCCAUCUGGUGGUACUGGCCCGUCUUUUAGCCUUUCCCCUGAUCCUCUCACCUCUGAUCCCAUUGUAUUCAGUCAACACACAUUUAUUCCCAUUGAUUUUCUCAGUCCAGCGCUGGUUACGUUAGCACCUGUAUGAGUCAUGCUGGAUGCAGCGGUGGGCGGAUUUUUUACAGAAGCCUGUUUCCAUAGUAGUAUACGUACGAAUACAUGUGAUUACUAGUCAGCAAUCAAGCUGACUGGCACCA